CUGAAUUGAAUAAUUUGCUACACAAGACUGGAUACAUACUUGGAAGCAUGGCACCCACCGGCACUUACAAUUUUGCAGGAACAACUUGGUCUAAAUGGCAAAUUGCAUUGGUGGUGGGUGCCCCAGUAGCAGUUGGUCUUGGCUACUGGUAUUUGAAGAGACGAUCGGUGACAGCAAUAAGCAAGAAAAGAAGUGACGAGAAGGGCGCCGCAGAUCUCGUCAAGCAGGAGUCCAUUGAUGCCACAAAAUUAACGCCACCGUCGCAAACGAAUGAGACCAAACCGGACAAACAGGAAUCGUCAUCAAAGACGCACUUGAAAGAGUGUCAGAAGUACAAAGACAAAGGCAAUGCACUGUUCAAGGAACAGAAAUACACCGAGGCCAUCGAUGAGUACUCCAAAGCAAUUGAGUUGUUCCCCAAGGUCAAUGGGCAGCUGCAGGAGCUGGCCAAAUUUUAUCAAAACAGAGCUGCUGCUUAUGAGCAACUGAGAGACUACCAGAGAGCCAAGGAGGAAUGUGACAAAGCAAUUGAAUAUGAUCCUGUCUAUGUGAAAGCUCUUAUCAGAAGAUCAAAAGUGAAUGAAAACCUCGGCAACCUUGUAGAGAGUUUGGAGGAUGUGACCUCAGCCUGCAUCCUGGAAGGAUUUUCAUCGGAAAGCACACUUUUGUCAGCAGACAGGAUUCUUAAAUCUCUAGGACGCAAGCACGCAAAAGAAGAGAUAUCGAAAAGGACGACCAUCUUGCCAUCAAAGCACUUCGUCAAAACCUAUUUUUCAACCUUCCAAGAAGACCCAGUUCAGAGUUACAAAGAGACCAACGUGAAUGGAGAAGGAGAUCAAUCGUUCAUUUCUUGGGCCAAAGGAAAGCUUGUGGAGCAAAAGUACAUUGAAAUCUUCGACAGAUCUACUGAAGAAAUUGCUAAAGAAGGAGAUGAAGCAUCAAUUGCCCUACUCAUGAGAGGCACAAUUCAUCUCUUGAAGGGAGACCAUAACUUGGCAUUGGAGGACUUGAGGAGGGUCAUAGACAAUAUUAGGGCGAGCGAUAAGAUCCGCAUAAAUGCUCUUAUCAAGAGAGCAUCACUCUAUAUGCAGUUGGAAGACCCAUCUAAAAGUAUGCUUGAUUUUGAAAUGGCAGCUGAGUUGGGACCCAUGAAUGCUGAUGUUUUCCACCAUAGAGGACAGGUGAGGCUCUUGAUGGAAGACCUUGAUGGAGCAAUGCAGGACUUUGCCAAGGCGGUUCACAUGAAUAAGAACUUCCCUAUCGCUGUUGUUCAGAAAUGCUACACUGACUUCCGAUACGCUCUGUCAAAGCAGGAUGUAACUAAGUUGGAGGAGUCGAUCGAAGGCUUCCAAAGAGCUGUUAAGGAGUUCAGCAACUGCGUAGAAGUCUACAAUCUUUAUGCCCAGGUCCUAACUGAACAAGAAAAAUUCAAAGAUGCAGAAGAACUCUACAACAAAGCACUGCUUGUUGACCCUGACAAUGCCACAAUUUACGUGCAUAAAGCAAUCUUGAUUCUUCACUCAUCGCAGAACAUGGAAAAGGCUGUUGACCUAAUCAAUGAAGCAAUCAAGCUGGACGACAAGUGCUCGUUUGCGUAUGAGACAUUGGGCACCAUCGAGGUUCAAAGAGCUAAUUUGGAUCACGCAAUCGAGCUAUUCAGGAAAACUGUUCCCUUAGCCAAGACUGAGAUGGAACUGUCCCAUCUUUUUGCCCUACUGGACGCAGCAAUUGCCCAGAGAGUGGUUGCCCGUCGGUACAAAAUCCAAAUUCCUUCAGGGCCAAACUUCGCGUGAGGUUGUUGGUAGAAUUAAGCGUUAGAGGGAAUGAUUAUAUAAUAUGGAAAGAAUAUAUCCAUUCAAAUGCACCUUUCAUUAUCAGAUAGCUCUCAUGAUGUAAAUACAUUUCCGCACGGUUCAUCAGAUGCUUAUUUCAUAGGCGUAGCGUUGCUGAAUUCAAGGUUUUUGUUGACCCAAUUCAAUGCUUUUGGCAUCCAGCAGUCAAUAUACUAUUAAAAUUGUUAUACCGUUGGCCAUAAAAGACGGAAGAAAAUGUGGAGGGACAAAUGCUAUCUUUGCAGUGCCUUUAUGUUGCAGAUGUUUAGUCGUUAUGAUUUUGCUUAAUACCAAGUUCCAGAGCCAGCUCUCAAAUUCAGUGCAUCAUAUUUUAUGCUUGAGCUGUUGUUUCAAUAUAUGAGCUACGGAUUGCAGUGCAUUACCACAGGCCACAGAUCAAUAUAUUCAGCAAGUCUGUUUAAACGUCCUUAGUUUACUGAACAGAUGUUGUCAUUCCUCUAGACCAUAUUAUGAAGUAAUUCAACUUGUUUCAAAGUUCAAUUCAAAAUCAAAAUUGUUUUGAUUUUUCAUAUUUUCUUUGUAGGAGAUGUGAACGUUAUUACAAUAAACCUGACAUUUCGAGUCAAAUAGAAUAACAGUA